AUGAAAGUUUUAACUUUACAAGAAGAGUUUAAAUUAUCAGUAGAAACAUUUUUUACAUUCUUUUUCGAAAGUUCAAAUUUCAAGCAAAAGUAUCAUUCAUCAAGAGGCGAUAAUCAAAUCGAAAUUAAACCAUGGUCACCAAGUACCGAAGGUAGAUAUAGUAGAGAGGUAACUUUUCUUUCUUUCAUUUCAAACAACCCAGUCAUUAGUGGUUUAGUUGGUAAUUCUGCAAAAGUAAGAGAGGUACAAUAUUAUAAAUAUAAUGGUGAUACAUUAAAUGUUAUUGCAGAAACUUAUUUUGAUGGAUCACCAAUUGGUAAAAACUUUUCGUCAGUAUCAGAAUGGAAUGUAUCACCAAUUAUAGCACCAUUACCAGGUUGUAAAAUUGUCAUCGAAGUUAGAAAUAAUUAUAAUGGUUACAUGUUCAAAGAUAAAUUAGAAAAUUGGGUACAUGGUGCCACUGAAGAAUCUUUUAAAAAAUGGUUAUCAUUAGUUAGACAACAAGUUGAAGAAUAUGAAAAGAAUGAAGAAUUAAAAAGAAUUACUCCAACUCCAGUUAAAAAACAAAAGAAGAAAACUUUAUCAAAUAAAUACGAUGAUGAUGACGAAGAAGACGAUAAUUUAGAAAAUAGUGAUGAUGAAGAUAAACAACAACAACAAGAACAUAUUGUCGAUGAAAAUCAAAAAUCAAAUAUAAUUAAACAUCAACAACAACAACAACAACAACAACAACAACAACAACAACAACAAAAACAAAAACAACAACCACAACAACAAAUAAUAAUUAAUAAUAAUAUAAAUAUAAAUAAUAAUGGCGAUGAAGAUUUUAGUGAUUCCGAAUUAUCAGAUAUUUCACGUAAAGCCCCAUCACAUAUCGAUUUCGAUGAUGAAGACGAGGAUGGUGGAGAAGACAAUAGUGUUGGUUAUAGUGAUAAUGAAGUUGAUGAAGAAAGUACCAGUACUAGAUAUUAUGAUUCAAAUGAUGUAUUUUAUUCAUCAGAGAAUGAUAGCAAUGUUAAAAACUUUAUGGAAAAUAUUAAUAAUGAUAUUUCAAAUCUCAAAAGUAUUAUUGAAACUAAUCAUAAUCGUCUUUUUGGACUCGAAGAAUCAUUUAACCAAAUUCAAAGAUCAAACAGCUCUAUUACAUCCAAUACUCCCACUAGAUCAAUUACAUUGUCAGGUGCAACUACAAGUGUGGAUACAGGCUAUUUGACCAAAUUAGAAGAGAUUGUAAAACAUGUUCAAGAAGAAGAGAUUAAAACAAGAGAAAAACAAAAAGAAUGGAUCGAAAAGAUUAAUGAACUCGAAAAGAAAUUAAACUCUAUCGGAAAUGCUCAAAAUCGUUCAAUCCUUUGGCUCAAUAUUUUAGCUUUAGUAUUUUUCUUAAUUGGUUGGCCAAUCGUUGCUAAAAAGCUUUGGAAAACUUUAUAUCCAUUUUUAGUUGCAUUGAUAUCAAAAAAAUAA